AAAAAACGCCUUUACAUAACAAUCGGCUCCCUAAUCCUUGUCACCUUCGUCCUAAUCAUCGCCCGCAUAGCCGAUAAAGGCACGCCCUCCACCAGGACGAAUACAUGGGGUAUAGCCGUCUGCAUAAAAGCAGCCGUCUUCCUAGCCUACCAAGUCCUAACAACGUACCACCGCAAACUCCAAAAAUGGGCAAGUCUGAAAGUGAACAUGACGCUCGAUAUCAUCGAUACAGUGUUUUGGUUCGCGCUCUUUAUUAUUAGUAUUAUGGGUGCGGCCGCGGGGAAGAGC